AUGAUCGCUACCGGAGCUGGAGUCGUCGUUCUCUCUUGUUCCGAUCCCCGCCUCAACCCAUAUCAAAUUUUGGGCAUCGAUGGCAAGACGGUCAAGGCGACCAUGGUACGGAAUGCAGGUGGCAGGGUAUUCGACGCAAUCAGAACUUUGGCCGUUCUCCAAACAAUCGGACAGCCAGGAACAAUCGUCGUAAUGCACCACACUGAUUGCGGAAUGACACACUUCCACGACGAUGCUAUUAAGGAGGCAUUGCUUCAAAUUGCUCCGGAAGAGAAGGCCUCAAUUGAAGCUUCGAAGUUCGGGGAGAUCAAGGGCUCCAUCAGAGAAGAUCUUGCACUGAUCAGAGCUUCGCCCUUGAUCAAGAAAACUACUCAGGUUGUUGGCCUUAAAUAUGAUAUCCACACUGGUGUCUUGAGUCAGGUUGAGGAGACGAAGUGUGAACUAUGA